AUUCCAUUCCUCUUCGCAAAAGUACCAUCGGCUGCCUGCGAGAUUCCCCUCCCUCCUCCACCCGCUCCACUCCGACCUCGCCGCUCCCCCACCACCACCGGAAAGAUGGCCGCGGCGGCGCUGGCGAACGGGGACGUGCGCGCCGGCGGCGGGGGCGCGGUGCCGCGGCCGACGAACCCGAUGGUCACGCCCCUGCUCACCGACCUCUACCAGUUCUCCAUGGCCUACGCCUACUGGAAGGCCGGCAAGCACCUCGACCGCGCCGUCUUUGAUCUUUACUUCCGGAAGAGCCCCUUUGCUGGUGAGUUCACCGUCUUUGGCGGCCUUGAAGAGUGUAUACGAUUUAUUGCCAACUUCAAGUUGAAAGAAGAGGAAAUCAAUUUUCUGCGCACUGCAUUGCCUACAUGUGAGGACGGCUUCUUUGAGUACCUCAGUUCGAUUGACUGCUCAGAUGUUGAGGUUUAUGCGAUCCCUGAGGGCUCUGCCGUCUUUCCUAAGGUUCCACUGAUGAUAAUCGAAGGACCUGUUGCGGUUGUCCAACUUCUUGAAACUCCAUUUUUAAGUCUGGUGAACUAUGCUUCUUUGGUUACUACAAAUGCUGCAAGGCACCGCCUUGUAGCAGGAAAGCCAAAGAAUUUACUUGAAUUUGGACUUCGACGGGCUCAAGGGCCGGAUGGAGGAAUCAGUGCAUCAAGAUAUUCUUAUAUGGGAGGAUUUGAUGCAACAAGCAAUGUUGCAGCAGGAAGGUUGUUUGGGAUACCAAUACGCGGGACUCACUCACAUGCAUUUGUGAGCUCUUUCCUGGGUCUUGAUGAAAUCAUUGACAAAGCACUUUCUAGCUCUGAUGGUUCGAACAAAUGUGAAGAUUUUGUCUCUCUAGUGCAGAAUUGGCUGGUUAAGAUUCAGGAUGCUAGUUCAUUGCGUGGUUCCUUUGGCGAAACAAAUCAAAGUGAGUUGGCUGCAUUCACGUCAUAUGCACUGGCAUUUCCAAACUCCUUCCUGGCCCUGGUGGACACAUACGAUGUCAUGAGAAGUGGAGUGCCAAACUUCUGCGCUGUUGCUUUAGCCCUCAAUGAUAUGGGGUAUAAGGCAGUUGGAAUUAGGUUAGACUCUGGUGAUUUAGCAUAUCUGUCUAUUGAAACACGCAAGUUCUUCUGUGCAAUUGAAAAAGAAUUUGGGGUUGAUGGCUUUGGAAAAACGAAUAUUACAGCAAGCAAUGAUCUCAAUGAGGAAACAAUUGAUGCAUUGAACAAGCAGGGCCAUGAGGUAGAUUCAUUUGGCAUUGGCACCUACCUGGUUACCUGCUAUGCGCAAGCAGCACUUGGUUGCGUAUUCAAGUUGGUUGAAAUUAACAAACAGCCUCGCAUUAAACUCUCUGAAGAUGUCACAAAGGUAUCAAUACCAUGUAAGAAACGAUGCUACAGAUUGUAUGGAAAGGAAGGUUAUCCUUUAGUUGAUAUAAUGACUGGACAAGACGAGCCAAUCCCAAAGGUUGGUGAGAGGAUCCUAUGUCGUCACCCUUUCAUCGAGUCAAAGAGAGCCCAUGUUGUUCCACAGCAUGUUGAGGAGUUAUUGAAGUGCUACUGGCCCGGAAAUUCAUCCGUACAAAGGGAAGAGCUGCCAUCGAUCAACGAAAACAGGAGUCGGUGCAUGCGUCAGCUGGACCGAAUGAGGCCGGACCAUCUGAGGAAGCUGAAUCCAACACCAUACAAGGUAAGCGUGAGCGCCCAGCUCUAUGAUUUCAUCCAUUUCCUGUGGCUCAAUGAAGCUCCAGUCGGCGAGCUGCAAUGAAGAACGAUGACAAUGGGAGGGUUCAGCCCUGGAUCGGAUCCCGAUAACCUGUUUUUUUUUUUCAAGAAUAACGCGUAUCUUGCACGAUACAACUGUAACAUAUUCAUGUCGAAAGGAUACGGCCUUCACAUAUAUAGUGCUCAGGUGCUCAACAUGCAUUACACCAGAGUAUGCAUGAUGGAGUUAACAGAGUACCAUGCAGUUGUGCUAUGAAAAAACUAAUGUGAUUCUCUUGCAAGGGUAUGAAUAAAUGAUGGUGAGAAGCUGCGGUGAAA